AUGUUACCGACACCGUACGUCAGUUGUGAUUACAAUAAGGUUUACGAGCCCUCUGAAGACAGUUUCUUACUACUAGAUGCUCUAGAAAAAGAGCUGCCCUCACUAGAGGAGAAAUUUGCGGACAAGCUUAGCAUCGUGUGUGAAAUAGGAUGCGGCUCCGGAAUUGUGACAACAUUUAUGAUGCAAAAUUGUAUUCCAAGUAAAAAUACUCUGUAUUUUCCUACUGACAUCAAUCCAUGGGCUUUAGAAUCAAUGAGAGAAACUGCAGAUAAGAAUAACUGUCAAACAAAUUAUUUGAAUCCUAUAAGGAUGGACUUGGCAGGGUCUUUUCGUCCACGUGAAGUUGAUGUGUUGGUAUUCAAUCCUCCAUAUGUACCUGCUCAUGAUGUACCGAAUGUGCCCUCACAUAAAUCAGAUAUCGAUCAGUGGUUAGAUUUGGCUUUAUUAGGAGGAGACGAUGGCAUGGUAGUGACCAAUAGGCUUUUAGAUUGCCUUGAUGAAAUUUUAGCCCCAGAGGGCGUCGCUUAUAUUCUUUUUUGUGCCAGAAAUAAACCAGAGCAGGUUUCCGAAAGGAUACGUAGUUGGGGUUGGAACUCAGAACUUAUAGAACAUAGAAAGGCAGGUUGGGAGGUGUUGAGCGUAUACAAGUUUUACAGGUAA